ACUGAAUGUAGACGCGCGACGAGCUCCGUGGUCGCAUAAGCGUUCCUCAUUUAUGAUAGAGACUCUCUGUUAGUCCAGAGACUUUAUGUUUCGAUAACUCAUAUACUGUAAACAUUUCGCAGCUCGUGGUUUUCUUUUCUUUUUUUCUUCUCCAGUCCUGACUAGCGAUGAAUCCAUUGGACUUCCUGGAGCCAGAGCAACUGCUGCGGUUUUUGCACUGUCAUAAAACAGAGCUGUCCUGCAUGGAGAAGCCGGAAACCUUCCUCAACCAGCUGAGGGACCACAACCUCAUUCCCGAGGACAGCCACAAGAAGGUGUGUCGCAUGAAGAGCAAACACAACCAAAAACAGGGCGUUUAUGACAUUUUGGACAAGUUGGAGAAGGAGCAGUCUCAGCACAUCCACCUGUUCUGGACCUGCGUGUUUAAGGAUACAAUCAUGAACCACUACCCGCCUCUGCGACUGCUGCGCAGCAGCCUCAUGGACGGGUCUUUCCAAUUUGACACAAAACUGCCUGAGAAGGUGGAAAAGAAAGAGACAAAUGAAAGGAAAAAGAAGGAAGACGAUAAGGAGGAGGAGCAAGGGAAGUCGGUGAAAAAGAGGAGGAAGCGAACAAAAAGAGUCUGUUAUAGCGACGAUGAUGAUGAUGAUGAUGAGGAGCAGCCUGGUGCAUCAUCUCAGUCGGCUCCAAGUCAAAGGAAGAAGUCAAGAAAAAUAUGUUUCCAGUCUCCUUUAAAGAAGGGAGAGAAGAGUGACAUUUGGACGGGGCUCAUUUUUAAGGAACUGCUACCUGUGACCUGUGGAUCCCAGGAUGGAACGCUAAGCAGAAACAGACUGGCAAAAGGGGAGAAGUGUAUUUCAUUCCAGAAACAGUGGUUUACACCAACUGAAUUUGAGAGGUUUGCAGGGAAGGGAAGCUAUAAAAACUGGAAAUUGAGCAUUCAGUGUAAUGGGACCCCACUGAGAAAUCUUAUACAGGAAGGGCAUCUAAAACCUGCAAGCUACAAAAGAAGAAACAAGACGAAACCAAGAUUGGCCAAGAAAUCCCUGUUCCCAUCGACAGGUUUGCAUUAUCAUUAUUAUUAGUAGUAGUAGUUGUAUUA